AUGUCUGCUGAAUACGACCACGACAGCAGUCGUUACGACGACGAGCCUCGAUUCGCCCGCGAUCGCAGCGCCUCUCCCCGUGAUGAGCCUAGAGCUGAUCGCACCCGCAGCCGUUCCCCGAAUGGUCGCGCCGAUGAUCGUGCCCCUUCUGAUUCCCGCAAGCCCCUCGACGAUGAGGAGGGCGCCCAAAAUACCGGCUCCAACCUCUUCGUCACUGGCAUCAACCCCCGUCUGACUGAAUCCGACAUCUCCCGUCUUUUUGAGAAAUACGGUGAUGUUGAGAACUGCUCCAUCAUGGUUGACCCCCACACCAAGGAAUCUCGUGGUUUCGGUUUCGUCAAGAUGGUUACUGCUGAGCAGGCUGAUGCUGCCAAGGAGGGUUUGCAAGGUGAGGUUAUCGAAGGCCGCACUCUGAGCAUUGAGAAGGCUCGUCGUAGCCGUCCCAGAACCCCCACUCCCGGCAAAUACUUCGGCCCUCCCAAGCGUGAGUUCGGUGGACGCCGUGGUGGCCGUGGCGACCGCUACGAUGACCGCCGUGGCGGGUAUGGUGGUGGUGGCAACUUCCGCCGUGGUGGUGACGAAUACCGUUACGGCCGCUACGACUCUUACAGCGACCGCCGCGACUACGGCGGUAGCCGUGAAUACCGCGACUACAACCGCCGUGAAUACCGUGACGACUACGCAGGUGGCCCUAGUGGCGGCAGUGGUGGCAGUGGUGGAGGUAGUGGUGGAUACCGCGGUGGUGCUGACCGCUACGCCUCUGGCGGCCGUGAGGAACGGUACGGUCGUGAUGAACGUCGCGAUGAUCGUCGGGGUGACGAACGCCGUGGCUAUUAUGACCAUGAUGCUAACCCUCCCAGUUAUGGCCAUGGUGCUCCAUCUCGCGAUCCCUAUCCCGGCCGUUCUUAUGAGCCCCGUGAAGAUCGGUACGCCGGAAGGUAG